UUUGUCUCUUUACCUUACGUUCCAGCCUCAUUCCUAGCGCUGGAUUGUUUGUUUCCCACUACUAUUGAAUGAUCUGUGUUACCGUUGGACCUUGACUGUUUUCUGGACUUUGGAUUUUGGACUAUGGAUUUUUUUGCCCGUUUUGGACUGCUUACCUGGUAGGACCCUUGCCUGCCUAAUUCCUCUGUCCUUGGAUCCAUCUCCCCGGGCCAUCUCUAGCUUUUCCAUCCAUCUGCUAGUUGCCACACUGUAUCUUCAUGUUGAGUCUUAAUAAAUCACAGCACAUCAGAUAGAGGUAGUUGCCCUGUUCCCAGUGGAGGAUAAUGGAACGGCUGUGGUUCUCUUUGCUGUUGCUGGCAGCAGCAUGCAGGGGACAGCCGUGUCCGAAACGCUGUAUGUGCCAGAGCCUUUCUCCAUCGCUCGCUAUCCUCUGCUCCAAAACAGGCUUGUUGUUUGUUCCUGCUGCCAUUGACCGACGCACAGUGGAGCUACGGCUUCAAGAGAACUUCAUUACAGCUGUCAGAAGAAAGGACUUUGCCAACAUGACCAGCUUGCUACAUCUGACCCUUUCCAGAAACACCAUCAGUCAGAUUCUCCCUUCAGCUUUCAGUGACCUGCGGCGACUGAGAGCACUCCACCUAGACUCUAAUAGAUUAACUGUGAUCAAGGACGACCAUUUCAAAGGCCUGACCAACCUUCGUCACCUGAUCUUGGCCAACAACCAGCUCCACUCCAUAUCUCCCCAUGCCUUUGAUGACUUCCUGUCCACAUUGGAGGAUCUCGACCUCAGUUACAAUAACCUUGCCCAGGUGCCCUGGGACACGAUCGGGCGGCUAACCAACGUCAAUACCCUAAAUAUGGAUCAUAACCUCAUAGAAAAUGUUCCCCAAGGGGUUUUCACAAACCUACACAAACUGGCCAGGCUAGACAUGACGUCAAACAAGCUGAAGAAAAUUCCCCCGGACCCGUUGUUCCUGAGAAUCCCAGUUUAUGCCAAGUCCAGAGGCUCCCCCCUCUCCUCCCUGGUGUUGAGUUUUGGUGGCAACCCCCUUCACUGUAACUGUGAACUUCUGUGGUUGAGAAGACUGACCAGAGAAGAUGACCUCGAGACGUGCGCAUCUCCCCCUGACCUCAGUGCCAAGUACUUCUGGACAAUACCUGAAGAGGAGUUUAUUUGUGACCCACCAGUUCUGACCCGUAAGUCACCUCAUACAGUGGCCAUGGAAGGCCAGCCUGCCAGCCUGAAGUGCAAGGCAAAUGGCGACCCUGAACCUGAAGUCCACUGGAUCAGCCCUGAAGGGCGACUAAUAUCAAAUAGCACCAGAACCUUGGUUUUCCCUAAUGGAAGCCUGGAGAUCAAUGUAACAUCGCUAAAGGAUUCAGGAAACUUCACCUGCAUUGCCUCCAAUGCAGCAGGUGAAUCUACAGGAAGGGUGGAGCUAGUUGUCACGGCGACGCCCCACUUGGCAAACAGCACAAGCCGCAGCCGAGACCCGUCCUCUGAACCUGCCCCCUCUGACAUCUUAACCUCCUCUAAGGUUGCGCUGCCUAAUAAUGAGACAAGAGGGGCCGACCGGAGAGUCUCAUUGGUGGAACUGACAGGAAACUCUGCCCUCAUUAGAUGGAGCAGUCAGACUCCUACAUCUGGAGUCAGGAUGUUCCAAGUCCAAUACAACAGCUCUGGGGAUGACACGCUGGUUUACAGCAGGAAGGAUAAUGAGGCCACCACAGGACCUUGGUGUUUACAGUCAUUCCUGCUGAGGAGGACUUUAUCAAGACACUUCCUGUCAGCUGACCAUAAACUCUGAUCUCUUUAUGGUGGA